GUGACAAUCUCUUCAUGCUUGAAACCAUCUUUUGUGCAUUAGAUAGAACUUUUGGCAUAAUCAGAGAAAAGUGAAGAUCGAACAAAAUGCCGGCCGAUAGGAAGGUUGGAGUGGCUAUGGACUUCUCGAUGAGCAGCCAGAACGCUCUCAAAUGGGCUCUUGAUAACUUGGCCGACAAAGGGGACACCUUUUACAUCAUCCACAACAACCCCGACUCUGCUGGUGACUCUCUGUCUCACUUGGCCAAGUCCGGUUCUCCUCUCAUUCCUCUGUCACAGUUCAGACAGCCGGAGGUGAUGAAGAAGUACGGCGUGAAAAUUAAUAUUCCAGUCCUCGACAUGCUCGACACUGUUACCAGGCAAAAAGAGAUACAAGUUGUGAUCAAACUGUAUUGGGGAGGAGAUGCUAGGGAGAAAUUACUUGAUGCCAUUGAUGAACUAAAGCUUGAUUCUUUGGUUAUGGGCAGCAGAGGUCUUGGAACCCUUCAAAGGAUCAUAUUGGGGAGUGUGAGCACCUACGUUUUGACAUAUGCUCCUUGCCCUGUCACCAUCGUUAAGGAGACCGAGCCAUCUUCAAGCUCCAGCUGGUUCUGAUAAUCAUUCUUUUUCUUCUUGUUGUUGCUUUUAUCCGAAAAUAAGUGUAUGCGUUAAUGGAUACCCAUCUUCUGCUCUUCCUUAUCCUGUUUGGUCUUAAUGCACUGUUCUGGUUCUGGUUUCCCCUACUCAUAUAUUAUGGAUUUCAUUUUGUACUGA